CAUUGACGUAGAAGAUGUGCGAGGAAGAGGACAGCACCGCCCUUGUUUGUGACAACGGGUCAGGGCUCUGCAAAGCCGGCUUUGCUGGGGAUGAUGCUCCAAGAGCGGUUUUCCCUUCCAUUGUGGGUCGUCCCAGGCACCAGGGUGUGAUGGUUGGCAUGGGUCAAAAAGACAGCUACGUAGGCGAUGAGGCUCAAAGCAAGAGAGGAAUCCUGACCUUGAAAUACCCCAUAGAACACGGCAUCAUUACAAACUGGGAUGACAUGGAGAAGAUCUGGCAUCACUCUUUCUAUAAUGAGCUCCGUGUUGCACCUGAAGAACAUCCGACUCUGCUGACAGAAGCGCCGCUGAAUCCCAAAGCCAAUCGAGAGAAAAUGACACAGAUCAUGUUUGAGACUUUCAAUGUACCAGCCAUGUACGUAGCUAUUCAAGCUGUUCUGUCCCUCUACGCUUCUGGACGUACCACAGGGAUUGUGCUUGACUCUGGGGAUGGUGUCACCCACAACGUGCCAAUUUAUGAAGGCUAUGCCUUGCCGCAUGCCAUCAUGCGUCUGGAUCUGGCUGGCCGUGAUCUGACAGACUACCUCAUGAAAAUCCUGACGGAACGUGGCUAUUCCUUUGUGACCACUGCGGAACGUGAAAUUGUCCGUGACAUCAAGGAGAAGCUGUGUUACGUGGCUCUGGACUUUGAAAAUGAGAUGGCCACUGCUGCCUCAUCCUCCUCUCUGGAAAAAAGCUAUGAGCUUCCUGAUGGUCAGGUGAUCACUAUUGGAAACGAACGCUUCCGCUGCCCAGAGACCCUCUUCCAGCCAUCUUUCAUUGGCAUGGAGUCUGCUGGCAUUCAUGAAACUACUUACAACAGCAUCAUGAAAUGUGACAUAGAUAUCAGAAAGGAUCUUUAUGCCAACAAUGUGCUGUCUGGAGGCACUACAAUGUACCCAGGCAUUGCUGACCGGAUGCAGAAGGAAAUAACUGCUCUUGCUCCCAGCACUAUGAAGAUCAAGAUUAUUGCUCCUCCUGAACGUAAAUACUCCGUUUGGAUUGGAGGUUCUAUUCUUGCUUCCCUGUCUACUUUCCAGCAGAUGUGGAUCAGCAAACAGGAAUAUGAUGAAGCAGGCCCAUCCAUUGUUCACCGCAAAUGCUUUUAAAUUCUUUUAUAUCUCUCUUUAGUGUAUUAUGGUGAAUGUAUUCAGGAAAAUACAUUCUUAUAACUUCAUUCCAUAAAUCCUUCAUCAUAAUGACUCUGAGUAAUUGGAUACUGUGUAUUUUUUUGGAAUAAAUUUUAAAUAUGCUACAAAAUUGCUGCUCCUAUUUUACAAAAGAGACAGGCAUUUGUGGAGACACCAUUACAACUGGUUUAAAGCUCCAUCUCGUGGCAUGAAUUUAUUACUACACUAUGCUGGGCUUAAUAGAAAAGUGGUACGUUUUGUUCAAUGACAUGAAUGUUAGAAAGCACUCAGCUAUCAGGCUCCACGUUACCGGUGUCUAGUUUCAGUAAACAUUCAUGUCUGAAAAUAGACCCAAUCUUGAUUCUUCCAAAGUUCUGGGCAGCAUCAAAGGCACAGAGCAUCUGACUGAUAGGAAGAUGAGCGCAGGCACCCUGCUUUGCACCUGGUCUAUCCAGAAAUAAUUAUCUAGCCACAUCACUUCUUAAUUCACAGCUGUCACGCUGGAAAAGCCAAUUCUUUUAGUGUAAGUGUGGCCCAGAGGUGUAUGAUACAUACUACAGCAAUUCCAUGCUUCCUCUUUAAAGAAACUAAACCUGCUCCUUGGUGGGAGGGCAUGACCAAGCUCUGCCAUUAGAAUUAGACUGAGCACAUGACUUUGUCAUAUGCCCUCAGGGUGAGUGCAGACCUACUAUUUUUGUGUUGUGACUUCUGGCAAGGCCUAAAGCAUAAUUAAGCUGGCUUAAUAUAUUUUCUCUUUUGAACUGUUUUUUGGAUAAUGUAAUCAAAGCAGAUAAAAUGACUCUAGACAAUUUUCUUUUUCUGUGAUUUUCUGAUUCCAUUUAUUGUCUUAAACACAUUGAAACUGAUGCUAAACUAGAAAUACAUGUAUAGAAGCUGAAGCCAGUAUUACUGUCUUAAAAGUGUAUAUAAAUAAAGAAUUCACUGAGACAGGCCUGGAAAAAGUCAGUUCUAAGAAAAUUGCUACAAUCUAUAUUCAUUAGAAUUCAAGAACCAGGCUACUAUUUAUUUUUGGUACCCAGUUUCCUUGCCUCAAACCUAACAGUUUACCUCACUUGCCUGUUCCUCCUUAUCCUUCAGACUGUAAGGUCUUUGCAACAGCACCUCUUACCAUGUCUGCUUAACUCCUGGGUUCCAGAUCUUGUCCAACUUCUGAGGGUUAGUAUAUGUUCCAAACUUCUUCAUACUAACCUUAUUCUUUCAAGUACAGGUCAUUUAGGUUCUCAGAGCAGAUUCUGAAUAAAGUCUUGUAAGAGAA